UGGAUUUUCUAUGAUUUUCUCGUUUGUUUCUCUUAAUGUGGUGGCAGUGUCUCCAACUUCUGGAUUGGUGUUAGUGGCGCGAAUCUGAACUUCCAGUGGGUCACGGGUGAACCAGUAACAUGGGAGCGGUGGAACAGCGGGGAACCAGUCGACUCCGUAGAAACGACCUGCGUCUAUUCCAGAACGAGUUCGCAGACCUGGCUAACCUCUUUGUGCGGCCAAGCGUUGCCAUAUGUCUGCCAAAUGACCAAUGGUUCUUGCGGUUAUAAAAGUUUAAAGAAAACCACUGGUCCGAAAGACAACAGUAAAGGAAGUGUAGACCUUAACGAGUGUCAAAGUCUUUGCCUCUUAAACAGUGAAUGCAAAGGCUUUUCAUACAAAAAGACUUUAUUUUCAAAAACAUGCUAUAUUCAUCUUUCAUCUGAUCCCAACUUCCAGUUCGAUUCCAAUAACUUGGUCAGUGACUCAUCAUCUACCUUGUACAGAUGGACUUGUGUGUAUGGUGUAACCAACGGAAUCGUUCCACUUGCAAACAAAGCUGAACCGAUUACUGGUACUGACAUAAUGAACGAAUUACAAGCUAGUAGUUCGUCAUUGGUUGGCAAUCCGAUGACGUCAUCAUCCGAAUACCUGACAACUAACUACAUUGAACCAAGCAGUCUUUCAAUAUUAUUCUUAUCUUCUGUAAAUGUUGUGGAAACAUCAUCUGUGCAAAUUAGCAGUGCGCGGUUAGAAACGACCACACUAGACACGUCACUGGAAACAACAAGCAUAACGCCAGAGCUUAUGGCAUCUACAGCGUCAUCUGUAGAAUACACAGAAACAGAUUCAACAGUUUACAAUACUGAUAUUUUAACCACUGACUAUUUUUUGUUAUCCUCUUCUGUAGAGACAAAGAUUUCAAUAUCCAGUGUUCUUGGUGAAUCAUCGAGUUCAAAUGUUGUUCUUCUUAGUCCGUCAAUCCAAGAAACACAGACUAAGAUUUCAGUAUCCAGUGUUCUUGAUGAAUCAUUCAGUUCAAAUGUUGUUCUUCUUAGUCCGUCAAUCCAAGAAACACAGACUAAGAUUUCAGUAUCCAGUGUUCUUGAUGAAUCAUUCAGUUCAAAUGUUGUUCUUCUUAGUCCGUCAAUCCAAGAAACACAGACUAAGAUUUCAGUAUCCAGUGUUCUUGAUGAAUCAUUCAGUUCAAAUCUUGUUCUUCUUAGUCCGUCAAUCCAAGAAACACAGACUGAUUCACAAGACUCUCACACAUCUGGUAUUGCUGUCGGCUCAGAUUUCGUGGUCGGAACACCAAUACUGUCCUCAAGCUCGGACGUCCUCAUUCUCAGCCCAGAAAACACAUCCUUUUCAACAACGUCGGCGAUUUCGUCCUCUUCAGCAGAAGUGCCAGUGUUACCAGCCUCCAGUUCAUCAGACGAAUCCUCUAGCACUGUGACUUACUCAACAACGCCUGUGACGUCAUCCUCUCCCAUGCUGUGUCCCUGCAGAUGCAAGACGAACCUGUCUGUGGAGCAGACGGAUGAUCUGAUCGAGGAGAUCAAGAAGGCUUUGAUAAUAGAGCCGAAAAGCACAUCCAGGUCAGCCAGGACGAAGAAGAGCGCCGAGGACAACCGACCGAGUGCCCAGACAGUGGGCUACGUCGCCAUCUUGUUUCUGUCGCUCUCUAUCGGCGGGUUGUUUCUGCUCGACGGUCUGGUGCUCCUGAAUCAUGUCAAGGUAGCCAUAUUGAAACUGAAGCACGUUGUUGUGGGAACUGUCCCUGUGCCAUCGUAAUAUCCAUGUGUUAAUGGUCCAGUCAGAUUACGAACUGUAAAGUAUCAGAUGCAGCUGGUACUGAAAGUCAUUUGAUUGAAUGCCGGGGCGAUUCUAACUAUGUAUCCUCUGUGUGGGAGACCGCUCUACCGACUGAGCUAAUAGUACAAUUCCAUAUUAGCCACUGUCUGUAGAAACACUUUAUACAGGCACUACUACAUGUCCAUGUUCACCCACUUAUUUCACCCACCUAUUCCACCAUGAGGGUGGAUAUGUCCCAGAGCUGUGAGCUGAGAGCAGUGGAACAGUACACAAGCUGUUCAUGUAGAUAGAGGGUAGUAAACUAUUUAUUGUCAAAUUUAUGUCCCGAGUGAAGUAAAUCAGUUCACGACGGACAUACAUUUUAUAAUAACUGAUACCGAAUUUGAAGGGGUCAGAAUAACAAUAGGUUUAACUCCGUUUUACAUUUAAUGCCAGAAAACGUAAUAUUGUAAUUUUAAAAAUAAUAUCACGAAUUCGUCAAAUUUGUUGCAGGUAACGUAUAUCAGAAUUGAAAUGAUAAACAAAUACAAGAAUAAGUAGUAAAAAUACUUCUAAUCACUCAUAAUGUACAUAUUUGUGAUUCUUGUUUAAUAACAAAAAGGUCAACUCCAGAUGGAGUUAGAUUCAGACUUUCACUACAACACCAAAGUUUGACAAACAGCAUUACAUGGAAAAUCGUUUUUUCCCCAACUGCAUUAGUUUUGAAAGAAAAUAAUACUUGUUUAACUUCACCUCAGUACCCACCUCGGUGGAUUCAUUCAGCUGACUGGGGUUUUUUCUCGUUCCAACCAGUGCACCACAACUGGUCAAAUGCCGUAGUAUGUGCUUUCCUCUCUGUGGGUAAGUGCAUAUAAAAGAUCCCGAGCUGCAUUAGGAAAAAUGUAGCGAGUUUCCUCUGAUGACUACGUGUCAGAAUUACCAAAUGUUUGACAUCCCUAUAUUUCGUUGUAAACCAGAUUGCAGGUUUCGCAUGAGGUAUCAUUGGGUAGCACAAAGCAGAUGAUAUACAUAAGAUUUUCAUUUAAGUAAAAACUUGAAUAUUCAUUUUUUUUAAAUGGAAUUUAUCCCGAUUUUACUCUGACCCCUUCAUCUAUUAUUCUAUUUAUUACCUAUCUAAAAGCCUUCUAUUUUUGUUAUCCAUACAUGUACAUGA